AUGAAAACAUACUUCACGGAGAGAUUCAAGGACGCGGCGGCGAACUUUGACAACUUGCUCACCGGACUGGACAACGCUCUAAAGGGCCAAGAGAAGUUUUAUUUUCCGUCAAGAGGAACUUUCUUCAUCAAAAAUCCCAUCUUUGACCACAAUGCGAAUAUCCUUUGCGAGCUCGAGUAUAACGGGGAUGGUACUUCGACUACACCUAAUCCAACUGCUAUACCAAGACCAGGGAGUAUCACGGGCGAUUUCAGUUCUAUCUCGCCGAUUGAUGAUACCAGCGAUAAGCCAGUUUCAAAAUAG